AUGAAGACCAAGACACACAUAUUGCCUGCUGUCACACUUUUAGCUAUCGCCAUAUCUUUUUGUAAUGGGGCUCGCGACGCUACCUGUCCCAGGAUCUGCGGGCCAUCUCUUCAGAGCGAUCCCGUUUGUGCCACCGAUGGUUACAUAUAUCCUUCGCUUUGUGAAAUGAGGAAGAAGACUUGUGGGAAAGGUGUUAGACUAGCUCCAGAUCAGACAGCCUGUUCUCGUGCUCAAGGUUCUAAAUGCGAUCACAGAUGCACUUCAGAGAAGGAUCCUGUCUGCGGUACAAAUGGAAGGACUUACCUAAAUAGAUGCAUGCUGCAGGUGGAAAUUUGUAGAGUUGGCAUUGGAUUAUCUCACUUGGGAGCAUGUAACAACAUCAGCGCUCAUCGUGAGAAUUGCCCCGUGGAUUGCUCUCAGGCGCCUUUGGAUGGACCAAUUUGUGGAUCUGAUGGAAACGUUUACAAAAAUACUUGUCAGAUGAAAUUAUUGACUUGCGGACAAGGUGUGGUGCGAACGAACAAGAAACACUGUCAGACUACCAGACACUGCCGUGAAUCUUGCUGGCGUGUAGCUAGACCGACUUGUGGAUCUGAUGGAAAGCUGUAUGCCAACGCUUGCAGGAUGAAGGCUAGCAACUGCGGUAAACACGUAUUCGAAGUGCCAAUGUCUUUUUGUGUUUCACAAGAACGUACAUCAGGUGGGGAGGCGUGUCCUAAAGAUUGUUUAGGACAGAAAGAUAAGCUGGUGUGUGGCUCUGAUGAAAUGGUCUAUAGAAAUGAGUGUGAGAUGAAAAUGCUAAAUUGUGGGAGUGUAAGUAACCGCAAGAUCGUGAAGAAGGUGGACAUGGAGAAGUGUCGUGGGAAGAUGAACCGAUGCAUGAAAGUCAAGUGUCCAACAGAAUUUGAUCCCGUUUGCGGUACCGAUCAGAAGGUCUACAAUAAUCCUUGCCUUUUAAAGGUUGCUACUUGCCUGAAAGGUAUACAAUUGGCUCACUUCGGUAACUGCACAUUAUUGCCAAGAUUCAAAGAAGACUGUCCUGAUACAUGCGAGAACGUUGUGGAGCAACCUGUUUGUGGAUCUGAUGGCAACGUUUAUAAAUCUGAUUGUGACCUCCGUCUGGCGACGUGUGGCCAACACGUGGUGCCUGUUGCAGCUGCCCACUGUCGGACCACCGCGCUCUGCCACGAGGACUGUCCUGAUACUCCUGCCUUUGUUUGUGGUUCUGACAAUAGAUUCUACAAGAAUGAGUGCAUUAUGAAGAAAGAAAAUUGCGGCAAGCACGUGUUUGUGGUCCCGUUGAAGAGAUGUUUGUCGCGCUUCCAGUACUCGGGCUGCGCCCGCGUGUGUCCUCCGGAGUAUGACCCAGUGUGCGGCACAGACGACAAGACUUAUUCGAAUAAGUGUUUCUUGGAGAUGGAGAAUUGUAGGUCAAGGAGCCUAGUGCAAAUGAAACAUCUCGGCACUUGCACGGAGCCAAUUGCAGAGGAGCCUAAAAACUACCUGUAUCGAUAA